AUGAAUGCCGCGCUGAAAGUCGUGAGGUACUUGAAGAAAUGUCCUGGUCUUGGGAUUCUUCUCUCUAGGAAGUGUGACAUGAAAAUGAUCGCAUAUUGCGAUGCAGAUUAUGCAACCUGUCCUAUGAGCAGAAGGUCAAUAACCGGUUUUUGUAUCAAAUUGGGGGAUUCUUUACUUUCCUGGAGAACGAAGAAACAACCAACUGUCUCGUUAUCUUCGGCAGAGGCAGAAUAUCGAGCCAUGGCUAAAACCACAUGUGAAAUAGUGUGGUUGAGAGGAUUACUUCAGGAUCUUGGAGUGCAUGUCAAGGGACCAACAAGAUUGUUUUGCGACAAUGAUGCAGCUCUCAAACUUGCAUCCAAUCCUAUCGUGCAUGAGAGAACAAAGCACAUUGAAGUCGAUUGUCAUUUCACCCGAGAAAAAAUCCAGGAAGGGAUGAUUGAGACACAAGGGAUUGGAACGCAAGAACAACCGGCGGAUGUCUUCACCAAACCUCGUGUCAAAAACAGCAUGCAGAAAUACACAGAAAUUCCCACACCUCAUCUUCUCGAUCUACCUUUCCCUUCACAUUUUGACAUCUUGGUCUCCCUCCCCGCCCAAGGCCACGUCAACCCACUGCUCCGGCUCGGCAAGUGCCUUGCCUCCAACGACCUCCUCGUCACGUUCACCACCCCCGAGAGCAUCGGCAAGCAGAUGCGCAAGGCCAGCAACAUCGCAGAUGAGCCGGCCCCGGUCGGCGACAGCUUCAUCCGGUUCGAGUUCUUUGAGGACGGGUGGGACGAGGACGAGCCGCGGCGCCAGGACUUCAACCAGUACCUGCCCCAGCUCGAGAAGGUCGGCAAGGUGCUCAUCCCCGAGAUGAUCCGCCACAACGCCGAGCGCAACCGCCCCGUCUCAUGCCUCAUCAACAACCCCUUCAUCCCGUGGGUCUCCGACGUGGCUGAGAGCCUCGGCCUCCCCUCGGCGAUGCUCUGGGUCCAGUCCUGCGCGUGCUUCGCCGCUUAUUACCACUACUACCACGGCCUUGUCCCGUUCCCGAGCGAGUUGGCAAUGGAGAUCGACGUGCAGCUCCCAUGCAUGCCGCUCCUCAAGCACGGCGAAGUCCCGAGCUUCCUCUACCCAACAACCCCGUACCCUUUCCUCCGUCGGGCAAUCCUCGAACAGUACAAGAACCUCGACAAGCCCUUCUGUAUAUUGAUGGACACGUUCCAGGAGCUCGAGCUCGAGAUAAUCGAGUACAUGUCCCAGAUAUGCCCGAUUAAGACAGUCGGGCCACUGUUCAAGAACCCGAAGGUCCCAAAUGCGAAUGUGCGUGGGGACUUCAUGAAGGCUGAUGACUGCGUCGGGUGGCUCGACUCAAAGCCUGCGGGGUCGGUGGUGUAUGUCUCAUUCGGUAGCGUGGUGUACCUGAAGCAGGACCAGUGGGACGAGAUCGCGUACGGGCUGUUGAACUCUGGCGUGAACUUCUUGUGGGUGAUGAAGCCGCCGCACAAGGACUCCGGCUACACCGUGCUGACGCUGCCCGAGGGGUUCCUGGAGAAGGCUGGUGAUAAGGGCAAGGUGGUGCAGUGGAGCCCGCAGGAGCAGGUGCUGGCCCACCCGGCGGUGGCGGCCUUCGUGACGCACUGUGGAUGGAACUCAUCGAUGGAGGUGCUCGCGUCGGGGAUGUCGGUCGUUGCCUUCCCGGAGUGGGGGGACCAAGUGACCAACGCCAAGUACCUGGUGGACGUGUUCAAGGUCGGGGUCCGGAUGUGGCGCAGUGAGGCGGAGGACAAGCUCAUCACGCGGGAUGUGGUGGAGAAGUGCCUGCUCGAGGCGACGGUUGGGGAGAAGGCUGCGGAGAUGAAGAGGAACGCGCUGAAGUGGAAGGCAGCGGCGGAGGCAGCCGUGGCGGAGGGAGGGUCCUCGGACAGGAACAUACAAGCGUUCGUGGACGAGGUCAAGAGGAGGAGCGUGGAGGUGGCGCUCGCCAAGGGCAGCAAGUCGACGGUGGUCGAAGCUCCAGCGGUGGUCAGAGAAGGAGCAGGGACCAAUGGAAAGGUCAAGCUGGUCUCCUCCUAAAGGGAGGACGACGUGACGUGGCAAGAAUCGACGCGUGGAUGAGUUGAUUAGAAGGUUCGACGAGAAAAUAUUGUGUCGGACAUAAUUACAUUGUGGGAAAAAUAAGUGGAAUUAAUUUGAGUAUGAAUCAGACCUGAUGCUUUAGUUUUGGGAAUAAAUCAUGCUAUUGAUGGAAUAGGGCGGGACGGCCUUAUAUUUUGAUUCAAUGUUCUUGAAAUCUUGUAGCAAUUUGUAAUCUAAUCUAAUUUUAUAUGU